CCAUUCCCUCACCGAGCUUUAAUUUGUUCGUCCACAACAGAUUCUCUUUCGCGAAUCAGUUCUAUUCGCUUCUCCACUUCUUUUUUCCUUUUUUUUUUCUGUUCGUUUCUGAUUCCCGGUUCUAAUCUUUUUCGUGCUGGAUUUAUGUGAAGAAACUCUGUUGGUUGAGAACGAGUGAUCCAGUUCACUCACUCACUCCGUUUGCUUCUUCUUCUUCUUUGUUUCACUUUUUGAGUUGAGAAUGAGUUCGUAUAAUUUUGAAUUCUGGUGACUGGACGAACUCAUUGUUCGAUCGCUUUCGUGGUGAAACAUUGAAGCAAAUUUCUCGUCGAUUGACAAUUGUUUGAUGCAAUAGCCGAGUGAAUUGUUUCUCAACAGAGUUGAAUAUGGGUAUGAGACUUCUGGAAAUUCAUCCCCAGGAAUUGAAGUUCGUCUUUGAACUAAAUAAACAUAGUUCGUGCUCAAUUCAACUAACAAAUAAUACGCUUGACCAUGUUGCUUUUAAGGUUAAGACCACAUCCCCUAAGAAUUACUUUGUACGGCCAAAGGUCGGAAUCAUUGAGCCAAAAUCAACCCGUGAAUUCACAGUUAGGAUGCAAGCACAAGAGAUGGCUCCACCUGAUAUGCUAUGCAAAGAUAAGUUCUUAAUUCAGAGCACAGUAGUUUCUGCUGAUACAACUGAUGAGGACAUAACCUCAAGCUUGUUUGCAAAAGAUGUUGGCAAGUACAUGGAAGAAAAGAAGUUGGGUGUAACCCUUGUUAGCCCAUCCAGCUCCCCAAUUGAUGAAGCAUUAAAGGAGGAGUUUGAUGUCGGAGUUUCAGAACCAAAUAAUCUAUGCACAGCAGUAGAGAAGGAUCUGGACCGUGAAACUUCAAACAAAAGUGAUGAAAUGUUCAAUGUAGGUGAUAGCCUGCCUCCAAAAUCCAUGGUCCCUGACAAUGUUAUGGAGCCGAGAGAUGUUGGUAAAGGGGAGCCUGAACCGGCAAGUUUAGCUGACGACUUCAUAGAAGGCGAUGAGGAGGACCUGGAUAUGAUAAAACAGGUUGAGGAGUUGAGGUUAAAGCUCACUGAACUUGAAUUAAAGCUCUGUGAGGCUAAAGUUGCCAUUUCAAAGCUGAAGGAGGAGAAGAGAAUAAGCAUCCAAGAAACCGAAUUCUUGCAGCAGAAUUUUUCGGAGUUAAGGAAGAGCGAGUUGAUCAAAAGAGUUCAAGUCGGGUUUCCGCUUCUGUAUCUUUACAUGGUGGCGCUGAUAUGUACUUUUCUGGGACGCCUCUUACGGUAAUGAAGAGAUUGUUAGUUCUAUUCUCUAUGAGUUUCUAUAAUGUUCAAGGUGGCAUUAGUAUAGCUUGUAGUCCAAAACUUAUAGUCGUAUAGGUUCCUAUUCCCCUUGUAAUUGAUCGAAGUGUACAAUCUAGCAGUCCAGGUAGUGUUAUCGCCAACUUGAGCAUAGUUUAGUUCGACUUUUCUCUAUAUUGUAAUGUAAUGUUGUAAAUAAUAAUAAGCUCCCAAGGGAUCUCUUGGUCA